AAUGCGGCGGAGGGCGGGAUCUGUGGGUACCGACGCAAAACGGAGCUAACGACGGGCCGUAGGGAUUAAUUAAGGAAUCACCAAGCAGUCAGAGGCAGGCAGUGAUAGACUCAGUGGGCACGCUGACCAUGUCGCACAGCCCUUCCUCUCCACAAGAUCCUGCCGUGGUUGUAUAGCCGCCCAUGCCCAGCAGCACGCCUUCAGCUGCCCGCGUCACACCCGCGGACGCGCCUGCCCUUACCGCGACCGCCUCCGCCGCGGCUGCCACGGCCACGGCCGCGGCCACGACUGCCUCGCAUAUCUUCUACAACGCCGAGCGUCCCAUCACAGCGCCACGCCACUCGUGGUUCACGUCGCCGGCGCGCUCCCACCCCAAUGCCGCGCAGGCCAAGGAGCUGCCGCUCCAUCUCAUCCAGCUCAUCCUCACACACCUCGACGAUGUCGCCGACCUUGCGCGCAUCACGCGGACGUCGCGGCUCUUCUACUACAUGACGCUGCCGCGGCUGUACGAGCAAGUCACCCUCCGAUCAUAUGCCGACAUUCGCUACGUCGACGGACGCCCCGAGGGCUUCGGUGGAGGGAGCCCGUUCUCCUCGGGCCUGCACACGCUAGUGUCGCGCAGCUUCACCGACUACGUGCAGUUGUUUCGCGUCGCGGGAGAGUGGCGCGAGCACGAUGUCGACGACUACAAGCAAGGCCGCGUGCCGGACAACAGCAUGGUCUUGCAGAUCGCCAUGCGCGCCGCUCUCGACAAGAUGAAGAACAUUCGCUCCUUUGCCUGGGAGCUCAAUACCCCGCCGCUAAGGACCAUCUACGAUGGCCUCCAAGGCAAGCCUGCCCUCACCUCCUUCACCCUACGCUGCCAAGCAAAUCGAAUACCCCGCCCGACCACCACAAUCCCCCCGUUGCCGGCCCUGAAGACCCUUAUUGUCUACGACAUCGACCCGCUAUGCUACCCUGAUGACAUAUCCCUGGUCCUGGCGAGUGCAAGGCAACUGGAGAACCUGAAGCUGCACUGGAGCCCUCGCAUGCGCGAGAACGGCGAGGAAUCCAUCAAUCUCAUGUCUGUGGUUGCGCGCUGCGCUGCAGGCAAGAUUGUGUUGCCUAUCAAGCGAAUGGAGAUGUGGAAUCUCUACACACGUUUUUCCGGCGACGUCGAGCAUCAGAUGGUGAACCCUCUGACAGUCUCCGAGAUCACUAUCAUGAACUCCAUGGGCUCUUCCGAUCCCAUGACCGUUUUCCUGGACGAGACCUGGCGGCUGGGGCACAAGCAGGCCGUGCAUUCGAAUCUCAAAAUGAUGCGCAUGGAUACCAUCGACAAAGGGGGUGUACGCAUGCUUCAAGACUUCCAGGGCCUUGAGCGCAUAUACAUAGUCAAUGCCAAACGCACGCGAGGAACCCCGAAGUCAGACAGCACUGCCGCAACACCAACCACCCCAUCCUCGGCAACCCCAGGUAUGACCAACGGGAACACGAGCGCGGCUGGUACCCCGAACAUCAGUGAACACCUGUGCCGCGGCAUCGGUGGUGACUUUCUCGCAGUUAUUGGAUCGAACCACCGCAGUCUGCGACACCUUCUGCUUUCAGAUCUUUGGCAGCUUACGCACGAUGCACUAUACAAGACUUGCCAGACCCUGCCCAAUCUCGAACAGUUCGGUUUCAGCUCCGGUUUUCCUAGUAUUGAUUCUCUACGCCAGAUUAUGAGCCUAGUGCCAAAACUGUGGGCAAUCCGGCUCCUGGUCAGACCAGGGAGCGAAUUGGCAGACAAGAUUGACGCAACAGAAGACAUGCAUGCAUUCGCCAUUGCCACUGAGAUGUGGAGACCGGAGUACAAGAACGUGAAGUUUGUAGGCAUCGGGAAUAGACUGGUUUAUAAGCUUGGCAAAGUUAUCUCGUCUCCAAAGGGCACUUUUGACAUAUCCAAAAGCCCGGAGAACAGCAUGAAUGCGAAACGAGCUGGACCGGUAAGGCACAUAGAGAGAGUCAGCCGGGAAAGCGUAAAAUGGAUAUCGAUCUGGGGCAUGGACACAGCUGAUUUUGAAGUUGCCUUCACCUAGUAUAUGUAUAGUACGUUAGAGCAAUACACCUAUAAUACUUUAACUAAAGUCUUAAAGUUAAUACCUAUAGUACGUAUUUUCAGUCUAAUAUUAAAUAAAUAUAUAAUAUAAACC